CCGUUUCAAUGUGGACGCUCAACUCUGUGAAAAUGACUGAAAACGCUAGUGUGGACGUGGAGUGUUUUCAAAUCUAUCCGGCUAGUGUGGACGUAGCCUAACUCACCUGAUGAGGCAGUGAUGAAGGUGUUUAUUGAGACUCUGAAUCUCUAAGACUGUGAGUCAUCAAAUUUCGAAAACUUUUUGUUUCAAAUGUCUGCACUGAUUUCCCAAAUCUUACCUCUCAAAUAUCCCCUCCAAACAAACUAACUACAAAUAACAUUAAAAUUAUUAAAAACGAAACAUUUUCAAACAAUAAAGACGAAGCUGAAACGAGAAACCCCACUCUGGCAACUAAAGCUAAACUGAAUUAAAAACAAAAAGUCUGAAAUGAAAUGCAAAAAAGUUCUUGCCGCACUUUGGGCCCCUUAGUACAUGAAGCAUGGCUUAAUCACAGCCAUUUUCAAUGACUGCUUCCAGCAGGAUAAUGCAAAAUGGCACAAAGCUUAAAUCAUCUGAACCUGAUUUCUUAAACAUGGUAAUAAGUUCACUGCACUCAGAUGUCUGUUGCUUUAUUUCUGGAUCUCCACUUCCUAAUGUGACAGGAUGAAUGUAUGAGAUAAGGAAAUAAUCGAGCCACAAAUAAGAGAAGUGGUAAAGGACACUUUCACAUCAGUCAGUGUCCUGACUGUGCAGGAGGAGGACGAGACAUUUCAUCUGCACUCAGGAGAAUAAGUCAUGAUGUUUCUCGUGUUUGUCCUGUUAGUAUCUCAGUGCUCGUCGCUCACCAGUCAACAGUGUCACCACUGUGAACAAACAUCCUGCGACUGCUCGAGCCAAAACCUUCGGGAAGUCCCUGCAGCCGCUUCAAAGCUCAUCACUGAGCUCGAUCUCUCUUUUAACGCACUGGAGACGAUAAUGAAAGAUGACUUUCUUUCAUAUGCCGCUUUGAGGGCUUUGUUCGUGAAUAACAACAGGAUCAAAACCAUCCAUGAAGACGCAUUUCACCCACUGAUUCAUUUGGAGAAACUGGACUUGUCCUCAAACCAGUUGGAGACUUUGUCUUCUGGUUGGUUUCAGAACCUGAUUUCUCUCCACUACUUGAAUCUUUUGGGAAACAAAUAUUCAACACUUGGUCAGGGAAACCUUUUCCUGCCACUGAGGAGCUUGAAGACCCUCCAUUUUGGAGGACCUUUCCUUCAGUCUGUCAGUAAAAGGGAUUUUUCUGGCCUUUUUGGUCUUGAAGAACUUGUUUUUGAAGGAAAUCAUCUGCAAGUGUAUGAAAACGAAAGUCUGAGACAAAUUGGACCCAUUAGCCAUGUAACACUUAGUCUCAAUGGAGUAUUUCACAGAGAUUUAAGAGUAGUACAAGCUAUAUUGUUAGACGUUGUUCAUCCAAACACAACAGUGACAUUCACUGACACACAGUUUGAAAGACGUUUGCAAAUGUUCCCACUUCGUGUGGUCAUCGAGCGUGGUGCUACAGGUCUUAGUUUUAAAAAUGUGAACAUGUCUGUGUCAGCUUGUGUACAACUUAUGAAUAUUUUUUCGGGCUCUGAUCUGACUUUUUUUGCUUUUGAAGAUUCACAAUUCUUUGAAGAUGAAGAGGAAGUCUUUCUUGUUGACAUAAACCUGAAAGGCUUGGAUGUCAUCGUCUUCAAAAACAUUGAUAUUAACGUGUUCUACCGUGUUCCUGAACUCCAUUUCAUGCAAAAUAUACUGACUGUAGUAAGAAAGGCAUCUGUGAUAAACUCCAAGUUGUUUGCCAUUCCUUGCCAAUCCACUAUUCAUUUCUCAGGUUUGGAGUUUUUGGAUAUCAGUGACAACAUAAUCGCAGAUUUUACACUUAUGGAAAUGAUGUGUUAUGGCAUCGGUGUCCUUCUAAAUCUCCACACACUCAACAUCAGCAGAAAUAUUUUGUCUUCAAUCAACAGCGAGCUUUUCACUAAACUAGUAAAGCUGGAAAACCUCGACAUGAGUGGAAACUCAUUUGACAGCAUGCCUUUGACUUGUUCCUGGCCAGCAAGUCUCAAGUUCUUAAACCUUUCGUCAACUUCUCUUCCUGAGGUGACAUCCUGCCUACCACAGAGCCUACAGAUCCUCGAUUUAUCCAGAAAUAAACUGACUGUCUUUAACAUUGAAUUGCCGCUUCUCAAAGAGCUGUACAUCUCUGGCAACAAGCUUGGAAAUCUUCCUGAUGGGCAUUUAUACCUCAGCCUCGCAGUUCUCUCCAUUCAAGACAACAACUUGGCCAAAUUCAACAGUAAAAACCUGCAUGAUUACCAGAGCCUGAGGGUUCUGGAAGCUGCUGGCAACCCUUACGUCUGUUCAUGUGACUUCGUAGGCUUCGUGACAAAUGACUUGAUGAACCAUAAAACUGUAGUUAGAGGCGACUUAAAGUCUUACAUCUGUGACUCUCCCGAUGCAGUGAGGGGGGAGAGAGUAUCAGACGUGAAGCUGUCAGUGUUUGAGUGCCACACAGCUUUAGCGAUUUCUUUGCUCUGCUUAGGCAUCCUGGUGCUGUGUGUGCUCAUUGCAGGUCUGUGUUAUAAGUUCAGAAUUGUGGGGUAAACGAAGGUGACCUGGGUGGAGACAAAAAGCUCGACUCCCAGCAGUCGAGUUCUGACAGAACUUUGUCAAAAUCAGGCUGUGGAAAGUGAUGAACUCUAGGACGUACCUGGAGUCGCCUCACCAUGAAGAUCAGAUUUCAGCGUUCUGGCAAAGUCUGAGAACAGCGAUUAAAACAUCUGAAACUGAUAAUAAAGACAAUCUAUAAAAGGGUUUAUACUUACAAUUUUGAUUAUAUUCGUAGCGUAAAGUCACUGAUGUUGUAGCACUUAGACUAUUAUAUUUUAUUAUGAUAUUUUAAGAGUAUUAUCAAAGACAGCAUGACCUAUUUUGAAUGUUAUUUGGUCAAUCUGUUUAAAAGCUCAAGUAUUCCUUUCAUUUGACAGUAAAAACAAAGUACAGAAGGCUGUAUACAGAUAAUUUUGGAAUCUCUUAAAACUUGCCCUUGUAUUUCUGAAAUCCUUUAAAAAUCUUUCUCUUGUUAUAUAAAUGUGCUAAAAAAAAGCUUAGCUCUUUGUACAUAACUUGGGUUGGAGCUACAUAUUACUUAUAUAUCUUUCAGUAUUGUGCUAACUUAGUUUGAAUGGUGUCAGGAAUUGCUCUUUUCUUUCUUUUUAAGGUUUUUUUCCCUCCAUGAAUGCAUGUACUCUAGUGGAGGCUUACAUAAAAACUAAUGAGAGAUAAGUGAGUGGUCUAUUACAGGUCAUAAUUGUUUUGUAUACAAUAAAGAUUAAAAAAGGCAAAGUGAUCUUUUUGUUUUAGUUCACUGGAAUGUUUCACAGUUAUCAUAAGUACCACAACCUGUAACUGAGACAAUUUAUGUAUAUGUGAAAAACUCAAAAGUGAUGAUGUAGUCAGGUGCACAAGAUUUUUGGGCAAUGACACAUUUUGUGUUGUAAUUUUGUCUCUGUGCACCACUACAAUGGAUUUAAAAUCAAAUAAGGCAA